CCCGGCUAGGGGCUCCUCGGAGGUCACAUGACUCGUCACAUGACAGCGGCUCCCGUACGGCUCAUUCUCAGUGUUCCCCCGGCCGGUGGAGUCCGUGCAGUGACGUCAGGCAGAGACAUUCCAGAGCCCGCCCAUGUGGCUGUAUGCGGUGUGAGCGGAGAGGGGAUGGAGGUGUACAUUCCAUCGUUUCGCUAUGAGGACAGUGACCUGGAGAAGGGAUACACGGUUUUUAGAAUCGUGGUACUCGUGAAUGGAAGAAAGCAUUUUGUGGAGAAGAGGUACAGUGAAUUCCAUGCACUCCAUAAAAAGCUGAAGAAAUCUAUUAAAACACCAGAGAUGCCAUCAAAACAUGUUCGAAACUGGGUCCCUAAGGUGCUGGAGCAGAGGCGACAAGGACUGGAGAUGUAUUUACAGACUAUAAUAUAUGAAAAUGAAGAGCUUCCAAAAAUAUUUCUUGAUUUUUUAAACGUUCGACAUUUACCCUCGUUGCCAAAAGCUGAAAGCUGUGGGUCAAUUGAAGACCUUGAUUCAGAAGAAACCAGCAAACUGUCACACCAGCCUGUGCUGCUGUUCCUAAGGGAUCCAUAUGUCUUGCCUGCAGCCAACGAUCAUGCAGAAAAUGUUGUGAUAGAGGGUGUUCUUCAUGGCAUAUUUUACCCACACUUGCAGACCAGCUAAAGUCAUGAUGCCAGUGGUACAACGCAUCCUCCUUCCUGUGGAACCCUGGAGGAAAAGCACGUGCUCCAGUAAUCUUUAGCUACAAUGUUGUUGGAAGAGUCUGUAAUGUGUACUAAUUUAUUUUUUUCACUAGAAAAUGUAAUAGUUUUGUAGUGUGAGAGCUAACCACGGACAUGUUGCACAUGUUCAAGUAAACAUGAAUCCUAGGCAAAUAGGUUUGACUUGCGUUUGAUGGAGACACCAUUCCGUCCAUUACAACUAACUGAAUCCCAACGUAUGUGUGUAUAUAUUAUAUAUAUA